AUGUUCUCAUAUCUCGCGCAUCGUCGCGCUUGCCAGUCAAAGCAGCAGGAGCGCAAGGAGCGCAUUCAAAGCCUCCCACCGAUAUACCGAGCGCCGCUCUCCGCCAGCGAUAAAGGCAUUCUUGCCCUGCCCCUCUCGCAGCUUGUUUCCAACGUUCAGGCGGGCGAACUAUCGCCAUCAGCGAUACUUGCUGCGUAUGGGAAGAAGGCAUUGAAGGCUCACGCCGCAACGAACUGCCUCACUGAGAUCCUCAUCCCGUCCGCGGAGGAAUGGGCGCGCACAUGCAGUACCAAGGGGCCCCUCGCUGGAGUGCCUGUGAGUCUGAAAGACGAGCAGUCUGUUGCGGGAUACGACGCCUGCAUCGGGUAUUCUGCGUGGGUUGGCAAGCCCAUGACGCGCGACUCAGCGGUCGUCCGUCUGUUCAAGGAUGCGGGCGCGAUCCCAUUUGUGAAGACGAACAUUCCAGUCACCUUGCUCACUUUCGAGUGUGCGAACGACGUGUUCGGACGUACCACGAAUCCCCAUAGUAAGGACCACUCACCCGGGGGGUCAAGCGGUGGGGAGGGUGCUCUCCUUGCAUAUGGUGGGUCGCGCGUGGGUAUUGGCUCUGACGUCGCAGGCUCUGUCCGUGUCCCGUCACAUUAUUCGGGGUGUUACACGAUCAAGGCGUCUUCGUUCCGGUUUAUGAAAGCAGGAAACCCGCACAGCAGUAUUCCUGGCGAGGAGGGGGUGCCUUGUUCUUUUUCGCCUAUGACUCGUACACUGGAAGAUCUGGAGACGGUGUGGCGCGCCGUCAUGAGCAUGAAGCCAUGGGAGUAUGAUGCUUCAGUGUUACCAAUCCCUUGGCGGGAAGUCGAGCUACCUGUAUCGAAACCCCUGCGUUGGGGCGUCUUAUGGGAUGAUGGGGUGGUCGCUCCAGCACCUGCGUGUCGUCGUGCAUUGCAAGAGGUGGCUUCCGUGUUGAGUGCUAACGGACACGAAGUCAUAUCUAUUGAUCCUCCUAGUUCCUACGAAGCUCUGAAGCUCGCGUCUCAGUUGCUGUAUGCAGAUGGCGCGAAGAGCUGCAUAAAGCCUAUGCGCACCGGCGAGUUCCUAGAUCCUGGCGUCCAGCAACCCCUUGCCAUGUUUCGCGCACCACGCUUCAUCAAGCGCCUCUACGCGUGGUAUCUCCGUUACAUCCGCAGGGACGAGGUGUAUGCGGGUCUCGUCGAAGAUUGGUCGGAGAAGACCGUUCCAGAGUAUCUAGCACUGGUCGCGCGGCGUGAAGGAUACCGCGAGCAAUGGUUUGAGUUUUGGAAGAAGGAGGAGCUGGACUUCGUCAUCACGGUGCCAAAUGCGCUCCCCGCAGUACCCCACCUCGGUAUGCUGAACGGAUGGAAAGUGUGCGGAUACACGUUCAUGUGGAACCUGUUGGACUACACUGCGGGUAUACUGCCUGUCACACACGUUGAUCGCACACGCGAUGCGCUUGGGGCCUUCAAGCCGAGAAAUGCUGUGGAGAGGGGAGCAUACGGUAUGUAUGAUGCGGAAAAGAUGCAUGGCCUACCAGUAGGCGUGGAGGUUGUCGGGCGUCGGCUGCAAGAGGAAAAGGUUCUUGAGGGAAUGAAAAUGAUUGAGAAGCUAUUGAAGCAGGAUAGGAAGGCGUACGUCCUCUUCGACCGCGACGAUUGA